GCGUUCGAUUGAGACUUCCUGUGUGGUGGGAGAGCUGAGAGCAGGCGAGCGAGUAAUCAGCACUGCCUACAGACUAGUUUACGGCAACGCUCUCUGAAAUUGCCGCCUGGACCGACAAAAGUACUCGUUUGGACUUAAUCGGGAAUGAAACGCGUUAUUCUAACUAUAAUGUUGUCGGAUAGACGUUGAGUGCGAGAACUAGACCGCAAAGAGAUCCUCGGUGCGGGUCAAGCACAUCUCACCCGACCAACUGAAAAAGGAGGAGAGGCCAAAAAAAAGACAACUGCAACUGGAGGAAAAAAGUGUCUACAAUCCUCACGGAUUGCCACAACGUUGAAGAUUAUCGUGACAUGAUGGCUACGGAGGAACUCUACGAGGUGGAGAGAAUAGUAGGCAAACGUAAGAACAAAAAGGGCAAGACUGAGUACCUGGUCCGCUGGAGAGGCUACGGCUUUGAGGGAGACACCUGGGAGCCGGAGAAUCACCUGUCCAGCUGUGUCGAGUUCAUCCAUGAAUUUAAUCGGCAACGCAGCGAGAAGCAGAAAGAUGGAAGUUUACUUCGUUCCACACGCAGCUCUCCCAGCACAGCCGGAGGCAACACUAGUAUCAACGCCCGCAAACAAAUCAGCAGGCCUCAGCAGUCCUCAGCGAGUCCUAGCACAGCGAAGACCUCUCCACCCACCCCGAGCACACCCUCCACAAAACGGCUUCAGCCAGCACAACAUUCUCCGCACAACAGCGAUGCGAAGAGUAAGCGUUCGGCUGGCGUGAGUAGCAUCGGCAGCGGCACUGCCGUGAUGAGCACAGUCACUGACACGGCUCCGGCGGCAGCGCUGACAGCUGCUCCCACUGUGAGUGCGCUGCGGCGUAGUAUGGACCUGGCUAAAUCUGGCAUCAAAAUCCUAGUGCCCAAGAGCCCAAUGAACAGCCGCACUGACACAGAGGAGUCUCCCAGUGAGGCGGCACACAGUCUGGAGCAGGGAGGCCAAGAGCCAGAUGCUGUGCCCCCUGAAGUGGCCUUGCUGGAGAAACCCCCCGGAGCUGUACGUGUACCGGGAGAGGAACGGGCUCGUAUGGGCACAAGGCCCAGGACGCAAACGACCCUUCCGCCACCACAGAUUCCCAUCACCCCUGCUGCCGUCCGCACGUUAAACGGGAAAGGAGUGACUACCCUCAUAGAGGCCUCAUCUGCAAAUGGAACAGCCAUUACACAGAGUGGUGCAGCAGGAGGGAUGAGCAGCUCAGGGCUGACAGGCAAAAGGCGUUUUGAGGACCGUGCAACUUUCGACAAGCGUCUGCGCGUCAGUGUUCGUCAAACUGAGAGUGCUUACCGCUACAGGGACAUUGUAGUUAAGAAACAAGAUGGUUUUACACACAUUCUGUUUUCUACGAAGACCUCUGAGAACAACUCGCUGAAUCCUGACGUAAUGAAAGAGGUUCAGAGUGCCAUGGCCACAGCUGCAGCUGAUGACAGUAAACUUGUUCUAUUGAGUGCCGUGGGAAACGUCUUCUGCUUUGGCCUUGACUUCAUCUACUUUAUUAGGCGGCUCACGGAUGAUAGGAAAAAAGAAAGCAUCAAAAUGGCAGAGACAAUCAGAACUUUCGUCAACACAUUCAUCCAGUUCAAGAAGCCCAUCAUUGCUGCAGUGAAUGGGCCUGCUAUUGGGCUUGGAGCUUCUAUCUUGCCCCUGUGUGAUGUCAUCUGGGCCAAUGAGAAGGCUUGGUUCCAGACUCCUUACACAAUCUUUGGCCAAACCCCAGACGCCUGCUCCUCUGUAACAUUCCCUCUCAUCAUAUUAAACUCAUCGGCUAAUGAAAUGCUACUGAGUGGGAGGAAGUUGACAGCUCAGGAGGCUUGUGCCAAAGGACUCGUGUCCCAGGUUCUGUGGCCAGGGACCUUCACACAGGAAGUCAUGGCCCGUAUUAAGGAGCUAGUAUCUUGUAAUUCAGUUGUUCUACGUGAGUCCAAAGCACUGGUGAGGAACAUUAACCGGGCCGCCCUGGAGCAGGCCAACGAGAGGGAAUGUGAGGCACUUAAGAGGGUCUGGGGCUCUCCUCAGGGCAUGGACUCCAUACUUCAAUAUCUCCAGAAGAAAAUCGAUGAAUUCUAAGUCAGUUAAAUGUCCUACGGGUGUCACAACCUCCAUCCUCAAGUGCCUGAUGUUAUUUAAACAAAGUUUGCCAGUGGUUACUUUUUUAGUAGGAUUAUGAUGGAACUCCCUAAAAGAGAAAGACUGGCGUGGUCAAACCCGCACUUCAUCUUCGUCCAGGACGUAUUUCCUUUUCCUAGUCUCAUUCUGCAACACUUGAUAAUGACUUUAAUGCAAAGUUGUGAUAAAUCUUGCACUGUGCAGAAGGACAAAUUGCCUUGAUAUAUGUAAAUUCCUGUCAUCUUUCUGCUCAAUCUCUUGUAUCAGGACUAAAGUAAUGAAUUGCUUUGUCACAGAUUUGGGCUACUUUUCGAAGCACCACCUAUGCAGGCUGAUUGAGAAAAGAUGGAUAAUGUCAGUGUAAUUUAAGAAAGGGAUGCGUGAGAUUUGAAUGAGUUGAAUUUUGCGCUCGUCUUAGUUUGGUUAUCGCUACACUAACAGACUGUAAUUAGAAUCAAGUCUUUAGUUAGUAGCAGGCUUUUCUUCAGUCGGUACUUUAUUUAUUCAGCAACUAUAAGGCAUCUCAAGCCUCGUUCACCUCGAAUAUUCAGGCAAAUCUUGCUGGCAUUUAUAUCGGCCAGCCCUUUGAAGUAAUUUUUAUGAAUGGAUACAGUUAAAUCAAGAAGAGCAGACAUUGAAGCCAAUAAAAAUUACACCAUUUAGUAUCAGUGCUGUUAAAUAGAGUUUAAAGCUACUAAUGCAUUAAAGGAAAAGCACAUUGAAUUUCCGACUUGCAUGAUAACGAUCAAGUGAACAAAAUGAAUACUUAAGUACAUGUGGAUUUGCAAGAUGCUGGCUUAGUGGGAAUUAACAGUUAUUUGUAUCAAAGUUACAUUUUGUACGUUUUGCUGGCUUCAUUUUAAAAGUUUUCUACUUCGAAUUUCAUUUGUAUGUUCUUGGCAUACAAACUGUUUGCUUUGGAGUAACAUGCCACCAAAUAAUUUUGAUGUAAAUGUUGUUGACACAAUAAUUCUAAUUUAAUAACUUAUGACAUUAUGUAAUUGAAUGGGGUGUGUUCCUCGUGAGUCCAUAAAGGAUGCUGGUGUUUUAAAUCAUCUGCAUCCUUUUGUUUCUGCUGGUUCAAACAGACUGGACUGCUGUAUCAUCAGAAGAGCCCUGGAACCAUCGCUAAGGGAAGAUUCUACUGAAAUCCACCCCGAACAUCUGUAGUGACUUGCUAGUAUGCACUGUUAUUAAAUAGAAUGGCUUUCUUUCA